AUGUCGUUGAAUCGCUCCAUACAAAGUGUUAGAUCCCUUCAAGCACCCCUUAGACUAAUUGCAAGACGUACUUAUGCGGAACAUGCUGCCUCCACAAUAGGUAAUGCACUAAGGUUGCAAUUUGCUUUGCCUCAUGAAACCUUAUAUGAAGGUGCUGAAGUGAAACAAGUUAAUCUACCCGCCAAAUCAGGUCGUAUAGGUAUAUUAGCUAAUCAUAUUCCUACCGUGGAACAAUUAGAACCAGGUAUCGUGGAGAUCUUCACUAAUGCAAACAAUAAUGAAGUUAAGAAGUUUUUCAUUUCAGGUGGGUUUGCUACGAUGCAACCAGACUCAACUUUAUGUGUCACUGCGGUUGAAGCAUUUCCAUUGGAUUCCUUCUCUCAAGAAAAUGUAAAAAAUUUAUUAACUGAGGCUAAAAAGGAUUUGAACAAUACUGAUUCAACUAUUGCAGCUGAGGCACAAAUUAAGAUUAAUCUAUUGGAAUCUUUAGAGGCUGCUUUGAAAUAA